UAUGCAAGGGCGAAGGCAGACAUGGAGGAACUGAGCGCCGUGGGAGAGCAGGUUUUUGAUGCGGAAUGCAUCUUAAACAAACGAAUGAGAAAGGGAAAGUUGGAGUUUCUCGUCAAGUGGAGGGGAUGGUCAUCCAAACACAACAGCUGGGAGCCCCAAGAAAAUAUCCUCGACCCGAGACUGCUGGCUGCAUUCAACAAGAAAGAGCAGGAAAAGGAGCUUCUGCUGCGUAAAAGAGGGAAGAGGCCCAGAGGACGGCCUCGGAAAAUCCUUGAAAACAUGCCUGAAGCUCCGAAGUCGAGCAGCUCCUCGUCCGGCUCGUCGUCGUCCUCGUCCGAUUCCUCGUCUUCGUGCUCCUCUUCCUCGUCGUCCUCGGAUGAUGAUGACGAGGACGACCAAGUUAAACAAGUCAGCCCGAGCGUGAGAACGAGAGAGCUGAAUCCUGUCCCUCAGAAGAAGGCGCAGAUAGUCAUGGCGAAACAGGAGCCUCCCAAGAAACGGAGUAGGAAACCUCUGCCCUCCGAAGUGAAGGAGUUCCAGCAGAACAAGGGCCCGCGCAAGACCGCCAAAGAUACGGAUAUUCCAGGAGCAAUCAAGAAGCCGGUUCACCCGGCCAGCUUUACCUUCAUGGGUUUCCACCGGGGCUCGGCCAGGGAUACGGUGGGUGGUCCGAACAGAAGCUCCCUCGCCCAGGUCGGUGCUGUUAAAAACUCCUUGAGCUCCGUGGGAUCUGGCAGGCCGUCCGUCCAGCCUUCCUCUCUCCCGCUGAACAAGUCCAGCCAAAGCAGAAAUGUCACAGAGAGUAAACUUCCCGUCUCCGGUAUGAGCAGCGGGACAAGCCUGGAUUUAAAAGCAGCUCCUAGUAAAUCAAAAGGCGUAGCAGCGCUGAAUCUGAAUACAUCCAAACACCCCAUUCAAGGAACCACUCAGCAUACACUAAGCUCCCCGAAUGGACAAAAGAAGCCUCCGGCCCCUGUGACGACAGCGCAGCGGAUACCCGGUGCUAAAACAGCGGCGUCCUUGCCAUCUAACGUCUCCUCCAAUCAGGGCCUUCAGCCCCUCAACCUGCAGAACAAACUGGUGCAAAGCAACGAUGCUCCUGGAAACGGCACGGCACCAGCGUCAGGCCCCAGAAAUGCUGCAAACCCAGCACGGAAACCCGUGACACAAAAUCAAGAGUGUAAACCCCCAAAGAGUCCCGCGACCCCCGGAAGACCGCAGGCCAGAAAAACACAGCCCGGCACAGACAAGGUCAGAGAGGUCAAUGACAUCCAGGCCUCCAGAGUCCAAGGAAGGCUGGAGAGGAGCGGCGUGCAUAAAUCCCCCACAGAGGCCCAGAGCCAGCAGGACAGGUCGGCCUCCAAAGACGGCAAAAAAGCCAAAAUGAACGAGAUGAGCACGGGAGAGGAGGAGAGCAGCUCCGACUCGGACCAGGAUUCUUCCUACGCCGGACAGGUCGCGGUCCAGAGCCAGGACUGGAAGCCUACGAGAAGCCUGAUCGAACACGUGUUCGUAACGGAUGUUACAGCUAAUCUGGUUACCGUCACGGUCAAGGAGUCGCCGACCAGCGUGGGCUUCUUCAGCAUUCGCAACUGUUGAUUUGACUGCAAACUGAUUGGAUUCAAGUUUUGAGAGGACUGAAGAAACACCAGGGAGUGAAUGAAUGAAUGAAUGAAUGAAUGAGUGGGUCAAUUUGUUCUUUAUCUUUUUGUAGUCAACGAUAGACUGUGAGGUAUUAAAAAAAUCAUUUAUUGA